AUGGCUUCUUGGUCUGCAGAAAAUGCCACUGAAGCUUUUCUCCGAACCCUUAAAAUGGGCAAGAGAAGGAAGGAGCCCAACACAGUGGAGUUCAUAGCAGCCCUUGCGGCAGGCAACAAUGCACAGCUAAUGGUCAUGGCAUGUGCUGCCACUGCCGGAUCCGCCACCCUAUCCCUGGUGGCCGCUGCACAUCAGACCGGCGGCCGUGCUGUGUGCAUCUUGCGGGGGCUCAAGGAGUUGGAUGCAUCACGAAAAACUAUGGGUCGAUAUGCAGAUUUCGUCGAAUUUGCUAUCGGGGAUGCUUGGAUUUUACUACAAAAUGACUAUAAGUUUGCAGAUUUUGUGAUUAUUGAUUGCAAAAUGGAUGGAUAUAAAGCAGUUCUUGUGGCUGCACAACAAGGAAUGAACAAAAGAGGAGGCCUUAUUGUAGGGUACAAUACCCUUCACUGCAGUGAGUUAUGGUGGGGGGAUUUGAAUUUGAAACCCCAUUUUCUGCCCAUUGGAGAGGGUUUGAUGGUUAGUAAAAUUUCAGAAAAUGAGAGAGUUAAAAAGAAGAGCCAUUGGGUUAUUGAAGUUGACAAGUGCACUGGUGAAGAACAUGUUUACAGGAUCACUUCCACACAAAGAAAGUGA